AUGGAUUUUUACCUUCGAUGCAAUUCCCUCAAAUGUCGAGCCCAGCUGAAAGAGAGAGCAGUCGUCACGACCUGCUCACACAUCUUCUGUCUCCAAUGUGCCAGCAAUCUAGGUCUUUCACAUCCAACGUCAGUCGACCGUCGUUGCCCAGCCUGCCAAACCAUCCUCGUCAAUCCAGACGACGCGGUCGCCACCAUCCUCAACCCGUCCGAAGACUACAAGACGAGCGUGCUCAGCGGACUGGACCCGAACACGAUCAUGGAAUGCGCCGGCCGGGCCCUGCUGUUCUGGACGUACCAGACCACUCAGGAAGUCUUCUACCAAGAGUUCCUCGGAAAGACUCUCACCGAGAAAUACACCAACCUCAACACCCAGAUGGACAAGGUCAUCCACAACGCCAACUCGGAGAUCUCUGCCCUACAAGCACGAAUAUCAGACAUGCAAACGACGCAAGAGCAACUCCGCAAAAAGAACCAAGAGCUCGUCGACAUGUACCGCGAGAAAUGCACCCGCUUCACGCAGAUCACCAACCUGUACAACUUGCUGAAAUCGCGCGCCAUGAAGUCGCAGAUGCAGACCGCGGCGACGGACUCGGUCCAUCAGACCUUGAACUCGCUGCCGCUGCCUCUUCCUCCUCUGGCGCACUCACAGUCACACCAAACCUCCAUGCCCCCGCAGACGCCCCUGCACCGGUACCCGGUGGACCGCGAGGGCGUGGAACAGCUGCACCGGCACCAACGCAGCGGAACGGGGAGCUCGAAGGGGGCGGCGACGCAGCAGCAGAAGCAGAAGAAGAAACAGAAACAGAACGCGGAUGCGGUGGCUAUGCCUCCUCCGCUGCCGCCGGGGCGGUUACUGGGUGAUCCGCGACAUCGUACGACGAGCACCCAGCACCGCACACGGCUAGGUGGUGGAAGUGGAGGCGGUGGCUCCAGCACGCGCCCAACGACCGGAUCCUCGACGCUCCCGCACGACAGCGUGCUGCUCGCGCGGUUCGGAGCCGACGGCGGACCGAAUAAUCCUUUUCUUGUCGGUGGCCCUGCAGCCAGGGACAGGGACAGGGACGGGGACUUACUGUCCAGAGCCGACGGAGGACAUCUGCGCCAUGCCGGCUACCCCGGGGAGCCUCCGAGCGUGAGGCCAUACUUCGACAGUACGGGGCUGUAGCCCUAUACUUGCAUUACAGGAGGCCUCCUCUUGGAGAAUCGGUAGCGUAGCUAAGUAAGGGGUGGUGAGAGGUUGAAACAAGGUUUGGUGUGGUGGGACCGGAUCUUCC